AUGUUAAAGUCAAUAUUCUCUGUUUUAUUUUUGUGUGUGUGUAGUACAUUUGGGUACUUUACUUUGCCUGGAAAAUGCCCAGAAAAUGUUCAGCUUCAGACGGAGUUUAGGCUAGCUGAUUUCUUCAACAAAUGGUACCAAGUCUACCAUUACUCCAGCGACGGUCAACAGCUGAACAACUGCUCGGUUCUUGAACUGUCCACCAGUUCCGUCGGUAUUUACUUGAACCAAUCCAGGGUAGACCGUGGACUAUUUCAUAGAUACAGUAUAGGAAGACUCGAGAUACCUACAAGUAUAGAAGAUGCUGCGAAUUUGGAUGUAACAUUUUAUUUCAAGGAUCAGCCUAGAAGAUUGGAAAACAGAAGAUAUCCAUUCCGAGUGUUACGUACCGACUACAAUAACUAUGCCAGUGUGUACACUUGCGAGUAUAGUCCGGCCAUCGAUAAGCAUUUCAUUUACGUCUGGAUUCUUUCAAGAAGGCCUGUUUUUAAUGUCGUUUCCAAGGAGCUCGCAAUUAAGCCUUUGUCACAGAUAGGUGUGGAUCCGAAGAAAUUGGUAAAAGAUGACCUCUCGAAGUGUACUCCAAAAUAUUAUGAAGAUCGUAAAGCUGAACCUAUGACUUUUAGAUAUCCCGUCAAAAUGUGA